CGCCAUUUUGAUUCGAAAUUUAUGACUGAGUUUUUCUUGCUUUGCAUGCUAAACUCAGCCUCGCGUUUGAAUUAUUUGAGCGUGAGUACGAACCAUACCAUGUUGAUCCAAAAUAAUACCUUUUAAUUGUAAGAAGCCGUUAAUGUGGGGGAUCUGUGUAUUGCCAGUUUUCAAAGACAACGCUUGCCAAGUUAAGCUAGCUAACGUUAGCUCGUGCUUCAAAACAAAUCACUAACACRGGCUAACGGAUGUUAGCCAACACCGAGAACCAAGAGUUAGCCACAUUGACCUAAUAGCUGGCUGCUUUGACGAUAAAAUCCUCAAAAGUCCAGCAGAGAAGAGGGGAACAGCAGUAGACAUUUAACAAAAGAUUAUGGUGAGCCUGGCUGCGUCUGAACUCCUGAAGAGGCCUUGGUUUUAAGAGAAGACCCAUGCUGAUAAAUGCCAGGCCUCACCACACUCUCUGUUGUCUGCACAAACACAAAUGCCUGCCUGCCUGCAGGGGAGGUCUGAUUAAAGAUAUCCAUUUUUCAUCCACUGGGUUGAGUCCUCCAUCCCAGCAGCCAWCAUGUUUUGGAAGUUUGAUCUGCACACCUCGUCCCACAUCGACCAGCUGCUGGACAGGGAGGACGUGACACUGAGAGAGCUGAUGGAAGAAGACGACGUCCUGCAGGAGUGCAAGGCCCAAAACCGUCGACUGCUCCUGUUUCUGUCUCAGGACCACUGCAUGCAAGAGCUGGUCAGCCUCAUUACCACAGAGCCUCCUGCAGACCUGGAGGAGAAGAGCCGCUUCAAGUUUCCUAAUAUUGCUUGUGAGCUCCUGACUUCAGAUGUGACCAUAAUAAAUGAUAAGCUUGGCGGGGACGAGUCACUCCUGGAGGUGCUGUACCACUUCCUGGAACAGGACCCGCCCCUCAACCCCCUACUUGCCAGCUUCUUCAGUAAAACUAUUGGCAAUCUCAUAGCCAGGAAAACCGAACAGGUUAUUACAUUUUUAAAGAAGAAGGAAGGCUUUAUCGAUCUGGUGCUGAAACACAUUGAUGCCUCUGCCAUGAUGGACCUGCUGCUUCGCCUCAUUAGCUGCGUGGAACCAGCCCCGUUAAGGCAGGAGGUUCUGCAUUGGCUGAAUGAGGAAAGGUUGGUACAGAAACUUAUAGAACUUAUCCAUACUGGCAAAGAUGAGGAGAGACAAUCUAAUGCAUCCCAAACGCUUUGUGAUAUCAUCCGCCUUAGUCGAGACCAGGCCAGUCAGAUGCAGGAGAAUGUGGAGUCUGACCCAUUAUUGGCUGUACUGGAGUCGCAGGAGACUGUAGCAGGGCUCCUCAAAAACAUGUUUGAAGGUGAGAGGAGUGAGGUCUCCAUYGUUAAUGGAACUCAAGUGCUACUUACCUUAUUGGAGACCAGAAGGUCUGGGUUGGAGGGUUUGAUGGAUCUGUAUUCUCAGGGUUACGAAAGGUCUUACACUGUCAACAGCAGUAUUUUAAAUGCCAUUGAGCCCCAUUUAAAGGACUUCCAGCAGCUUCUUCUGGAUCCCCCUAAGAAAAGUGCAAUAUUGACRACCGUUGGCGUUCUAGAGCAGCCACUGGGGAACGCUCGCCUUCAYGUGGCCCGACUGGUGGCCGCCCUAUUGCAAACCAGUGUACCCAAUAUCUGCCAGGAGCUCUGCAAUCUUACCACCAUGGACCUACUACUGGAUCUGUUCUUCAAAUAUUCCUGGAAUAACUUUUUGCACUUCCAAGUGGAGCUGUGCGUAGCAGCUAUUCUGAACCAUCCUUCCUCAGAAGAGCGGCGCGGUCCAGACCUUCAGAACCACGACGGGAAGCCCGGAGCCUCCAGUUCUGAGGUUCAAGGGGAGGGAGAGGAAACGGCCACAAGCAGUGACCCACAAACAUCGAUUCAUAAUGCUCUUGUGGCACAUCUUUUCCAGAAAUGUCAUCUAGUUCAAAGAAUCCUCGAUGCUUGGGAAGAGAAUGAUAAAAUACAGGCUGAAGGUGGCACCAGGAGAGGCAACAUGGGCCAUCUGACCAGAAUUGCCAACAUGGUGGUUCAGAAUCUUGAAAAGGGACCAGUACAGGCCCAGAUCACUGACCUCAUCAAAGAGCUGCCAGAAGACUGCAGAGGUCGCUGGGAAAGCUUUGUGGAUGAGACUUUGAGAGAAACAAACAGGAGGAACACAGUAGAGCUGGUAAGCACCCACCACAUGCACUCAUCUAGUGAGGACGAUGAGAUGGAGAGCCCCUUCCCCAAUGACUUGUCUCUUCAACAGGCAUUCUCAGAUUAUCAGAUUCAACAGAUGACUGCCAACUUUGUGGAACAGUUUGGGUUCCAUGACGAGGAGUUCAGCGAGCACGAUGAAAAUAUCAAUGCCACAUUUGACAGAAUUGCAGACAUAGAAUUCAUUCUAGAUGCUGAUGAUAAUAGUGCCAACGCGGCUGCUUUCGAAGCCUGCUGUAAAGAGAGGAUACACCAGUUUGAUGAUAAUGAAGAGGAAGAAGACAUUUGGGAGGAGAAGGAGAUCAACUAUGCAACACAAGCUAAAUCCAGAACAAGGUUUGGAGUCUCUCAAACCUCAGAGGGAAGCUCCAGGAGCAGUAUGGAAAAUGGACACCGGGAACGGGAUCGAGGUUCUGAAUCUGAUGAGGAUGAAGAUUCUGAACAGAACACAUCAGAUGCAGGUCCUGACUGGACGGCAAAUUUCAGGGAUUCUGAAGGGACUGUUGCGUCCCAGACACCAACAGGGUGGGAGAACCAGGAUGGGAGUGGAGCAGAGAAACAAGACACAGGCUGGGCCAACUUCUCUGAGUUUCAACCUUUUACUGGUACUGAGGCUGAACCCCGCUGCAGCUCUCCAGAGGACAGCACUGAUGCAGAAAAACAAGCCAAACAAAACCCUGAGAAGAGUGAUGCUAGUGCCUCUUCUGAUCCUUCUCCAGUGGAAGAAGGGAAGAAGGCUCCACUUAUGGCCUCAGACAGCAGCUCCUCUGGAGGAUCCGACAGCGAGGAGGAUGACAAGAAAGCUGGUGCUCUUCCAGCUGCUGUGAUUACCACAGAAACAGCCCCCAGUAACAAGACAGCUGACCUCAAAAGUGAGGAGAGUCCGGUUCCUCUGGAGAAACUGUCUCUGUCAGAUCCUCCUGCAGCUGAGGACUCACCCGUGAACACACAGACUGAGAAGAAAGAGGAAGCCCCCCUGACCCCGGAGGUGUCCGUCAACGGGCCGGUGUGAGCCGAGCGGACACACAAACCCCGACGUGACGGCGCCACAGGCUCCCAGAGUGACUCCUGCUACCACCCUYACUGGACCCCCAGUGUUUUAACUGAAACUUGCCGUGUUAUUGGACCCGGACACUGCCAGUCAACACCAAUAACGACGUCAACAAACAAACAAAACCGUUCAGAGAAAUCRUCUUUAAAGCCCCUCCCCCCCCCAGAUGUUGCACAGAAACGUGUGCAGUUUUAAUGUAGCAGCGAUGUUUGACAUGACAGAACCUGAGGGUAACACCAUCUAUGUUCUCUAUUUUUUAAUCUUGUCCUACGCUGUUAGGAUUUCACAUUAGGACUCCUGGAUGGAGAGCACAGGCUUAACGUUUAACAAUGCCUCAACAAUAAAUACUUGGUCUCUGAAA